GUGGACAUGGCGUACGAUGACGUGUUUGAGGUGAUUGGUUCCUUUGGGCUCUACCAGAAGAGGUUGUACGUGUUAUACACCCUUCCCGUGGUUUUCACCGCCAUACAGACCUGCCUUUCCGUCUUCAUUCUCUUCGCACCUGACCACAGGUGCUCCUUACCCCAUCUCCAUAACGACACGUUCGCAAUCCAGGGCCCAGAUCACGAGCGAGUGGUCAACCAGACGAUCCCGCUGGACAUGAACAUUCACUCCAGCAUCGGCGAGGGCAUACGUUACUCUCGGUGCCAUGUCUUCCAUAGAAAUUUGAACUCCACCCCUGUACGAUCCGCCUCAGACAAUAUCUCCAUGUAUUCGAACGAAUGUCGGCGCUGGGUGUUCGACAAAACAGAUUUUGAGAGCACGUUCGCUACCGAGGAUAACUUGGUGUGUACAAAGAAACUACAUCGAACACACGCCACAAUGGCCUUUAUGGCUGGCUUCACGGUUGGGUCACUCGGAAUCGGCGUCCUGUCCGACACGUUUGGCAGAAAGCACGCGCUGAUGACGAGUAUCAUUCUCCAUAUUGUGUCAAAUAUCGCCGUUUCCUUCGUUACCGAUUUCUGGGUCUUCUCGACGCUUCGGUUCUUCUCGGGAGUUUCCGUCGGUGGCCUUGUAAGCACAACAUAUGUAAUGGACCUCGAGUUGGUUGGACCGAGCAUGCGGAUGUGGGCUGGGAUGUUUUUCCAGUUGUUCUGGGGACUGGGUGUGCUCCUGUUAGCGGCGACGGCCUACCUCAUCAGGGACUGGCGAUACCUCAAUCUGGCUAUGUCACUGCCAACUGUUCUGUUUAUUUCUUAUCAGUGGUUGGUCCCAGAGUCUACUCGUUGGCUAGUAGUCCGUGGGAGGCACAAAGAAGCAGAGAUAAUAUUUCGACACGCUGCCAAAGUAAACAAACGGCGAUGUCCUGAUCGAAUUCUGACAGUGGAAGAAAACGAGGCUACCGUUAGACGGCAUGUUUCCAUCCGCAAGGUGUUGACGUAUCCAUGUUUGAUCUUCAGGUUUAUCUUUAUAUGCUUGAACUGGUUGGUCGUUGCCAUGGAGUUUAGCGGACUGUCGUUGAACGUCAGCAAUUUGAGCGGUGAUGUAUACCUUAACUUUUUCCUGACAAGCCUGGCGGAGAUUUUAGGCUUUGUAAUCUGCAUCCCUCUGUUGAACCGGGUGGGGAGGAAGCCAGUCUACAUUUCCUCCCUCUUGUUCGGGGGCAUGGCUCUGGUGCUGACCACAUUCCCCAUUUUGUAUGGAUCACAAGAUCUGCAAUGGGUGACUGUGGGCCUGUCCCUAAUAGGCAAGAUUGGAGCAGCGGCUUCUUUUGGGACCAUCUUCCUUUACUCUGCCGAAUAUUUCCCGACAGUGAUCAGGAAUUCGGCACUUGGAGUCGCGAGCUUCAGCGCACGUUGUGGCGGAAUGUUGGCUCCGUACGUCGUGGAUUUGGGUCAGAUUGUCGAGGGUGAUGUUGGACGAGUACUCCCGAUGUCUGUAUUCGGAGUCUCGGCAGUUGUCGUUGGUUUGAUGUCCAUUACCUUACCGGAAACCCUCAACCGAAAAUUGCCGGAAACGAUAGAAGAUGCAGUCGCCUUUGAUCGAUCCAAUCCAAUCAAAGACAACAUUGAAUUAGAUAUAGUCGCUAGCCAGCCUUUAAAUGAACCAAUGAACGAAGACAAUAAUGUCAUGUGACAACUGGAGUUCCAGAUUACAAGCUUCAUGUGGUGAUGUAUGAGAGAGAGAGAGAGAGAGAGAGAGAUCACAAUAAAUUAUUUUCUGUCCAGUCAGUAUUUAUUGAAUCUUUUGUAAAUGGAAGGUUUAUCUUUACAUAUUAGAUGCGUUUUUCUGUUUGUUAUAUAAUUUACGAAAACAGGCACGUGCGAUUUAUUACACAUCCUGUAUCAUCACCCAGUAUAUUAAUCUAUUAUACCUUUGUGGAACACCUCUCAGAGCUCUGUAUUUUUCAUUCGUAGUACAAUGGAUUUUUCCCAUUUGGAAACAAAACAAUGGAGAAAGGAAUGUUAGUUAGAGAUUAGAAACAGGAGUUGAAAGAGAAAUGUAGAAGUAUUACUUUUUGGAUAUAAUAAUGACAAAGAGAUAUUCAAUAAAAGAUGUGUUCAGUAAUUAUAGAUGCAUACAAUUCUUUUGAAUUGUGGACAACAUUUUCAAAUCAAAACAACAAUACACGCCAAUGUCAGCAUCGCACCCCUUGUCUAACCUGACAUUUGAGUCUCGGGUUGAUCUGUAGUGCAAUAAAGAUUUGUCAAUUCUUACACAUGUAAUGAUAAUGAACUAUAACCUAUUGAACUUGUGUUUUGUACUCCGGAGUAUUUAAUACUUCGGACCGCAUACAGUGCAAUGCCUUAUGUUUUUUAAAUGAAUGUAUUAGUUUUAUUUUCAAAGCAUAUAAUUGUUUUUUACAUUUCAUGUUUGUUUUGUUAAAUCUAUUUUGUAUAGUUUUACAAAUAUAUAGGUCGUUCAUCUUUUAAAUAAACUCAGAACAA